UUUGUUUAUUAAUGUUAUUUUUUUAAAAAAAAUAGUAUGGUCAAAGAGAUUCAUAAUGUUAAAUCCUUUCAGUUUGUGUGCCGGAUGAUGAAGUAUGUUAUUGUGAUGUCGAUUUCAAUGCCAUCGUCCGUUUAUGUUCUCUAUGAUUUGCAUGCACAGAUGGAGAACAGUAUGCCUGCAGCAUUGGUUGAUCCACCUUUCAAAGGGCUAGCAAGGACUUCAGAUCCACCCUUUUUCUGGAAUGGUCUAUACCCUGGCUUAUUCCCCAGUGAGGAAAGAGCAAUGGAGAAGAGAAUUGAGUUGGGCUCUCCUCAAGGUCUCCCCAACUGGGCAUGGCAAAUGCAUAGUCAAGUCAGCGCCGCAACCCCAGUGCCAUUGUUCUCUACUGCAGCAUCAUCAGGAUUCUCUUACUCGGCUACCCCUCCCUCCGCUGCCAUUUUUCCUUCAAAAUCACUUAAUCAUCUGACAGUCCACAAUCUCUGUUUUACACCACCGAGCAGUGCGGCCGCCAACACCUCUCAGUUUCAAUAUCAGAUGAAGCCACCACAUGCACCGACAUAGCCUAUCUCCCCUCCCUCAAUAAAUUGGAGGUCAAUAGGCGACAAAGAAAUAGUUAUCACUGAUUGAUAUUCCGUAAAAACCCCGGUUUUUGACUUUGUUCAUAAACCAAAGCAUCACUCAAUCAUUGUUUCAAAUACUAGUAUGAAGGAAAAUUCUAAUGCCAUUUCACUGCUUUCUCCAGAUGGAGUAGCUGUUUGCUUCCUUUGAUCAAUAUCAAUGUGAUUUGCUUUUGUAGUAGAAUUUUAUCAGUUUGAUAAUCAUGUGCACAGUUCAUUUUGUAAUAAAGACAUGCAGUUUCGGAUGGUA